AUGAAUACCGCUACUCCAUGCCAGCAGCCGGAACUGAAUUAUGCUGAUGAAAAAGACCCUACGGUCACCGAAAUGGAGGCUGCUACGAUGUCUCCAGACGAGGACCGGAAGCUUAUAAGACGACUUGACUUGUGCCUUUGUCCCUCAAUGCCACCUUCAAUGACACUUCAACAUAUGGACAAAAAAGCACUUCCUGCUGCUUCUCUCCUGGGCAUCAUUCAAGAUCUCAACAUGGCUGGUGGUCAAUAUUCAUGGACCAGCUCAAUCUUCUGGUUCUGGUGUCUUUGCUUCACAUAUUUUACGCCGUAUCUCAUGGUCCGCUGGCCUAUCGGCAAAGUUCUCUAUUUCACCUUCUCCAUCGCCGCGUUCUCUCAGAUCAUUCUCGUCGGAUUGGGUUUUGAUGUGUACCAGGCCAACCUGUUUCUAAUCGCCAUAGGUGCCAUUCAUGGUCUCUUCGGCAUCAUCGCCACCUAUAUCUGCUCCAGAUUCCGAAACAUUCGGUGCAUCACAAGUGCCAUCCUGUGCUCAAUGAGCCUUAUAAGUGCUCUGCUGGUGCAGUUUAGCCCAAAUCUUAGAAGUUUCACCAAGAAGAGCGUUGCGACGUCUAUGGCGACUGUCGGAUAUUGUGCGGGCAAUAUGAUCGGUCCAUCCCUGUUCUUCCCUCGGGAGUCGCCCAAGUAUCUGAGUGGUUUCACUGCGACAGCUACCUGUUUUGGCAUCGGAGUAGUUAUCAUGCUGACAUUGUUGGUUAUUCUGCGACAUGGGAACAAGCGCAGGGACAAAUCAUUUGGCGUGGUCGAUCAGUCCACUCUUGCCCGGCUGGAGGAAGAUGUUAUCGCGACUAAUCGCGCUGAUAUUGAAAAGAAAUCUUUCCGAUACAUGAUUUGA